CGUGAACAUCAAUUCAUUGCCAACAUGUUCAAGCCAUCGAACCCGAUGAUGGCGCGCCUGCGCUUGACAACCAAGCAGGUCAAUGGCGGCUACUACAAAGGUAACCGGACAGGAUCCAUGGGUCGCUUCGACCACAAGGGCAACUACGUGAUCGACUGGAAGAAAGUCCGCACCUACGUCGUUCCGGAAGAUAUGAAGGGCUUCAAGCUUACACCCUUUGUCACCAAACGCGCGGAACCGAAGCGGAGUCUGUACAACAAGGAGAUUGAGCGGAAUGGGCGCACAUACACCGUGAUCGACAAGAUGAAGGGCAGGGACUUUGUCGACCUGUGGCAUGAGCGCAAUGGCGAAGAAGUCUACCAGCGCGAGUUGAUGGAGCACCCUGAAAUUCUGGCCAAGCAAAACGAGGAGCUGCUCGGGCAAAACGAGGAAUCGAAAAAGAGCCAAUGACCGAAAACUUUCUCUAGCUAAGGAGCCUUG